AACGAAACGGAUCCCCUCCGUUUGUUAGGGGGAAGAGCGGAAGACUAGCAAGAAGAGAGGAAGACGGGGUGGUUAUCCGACCUGCCGUCUCUCUCUUCUCCCUCGCUUCCGCUUACGCUUCGUGGUAGUUUAGGGGGAUCGCGGUGAAAGCCGAUCCGCCACCGCUGAGCUCGAUGGGCAUGUUCCGCCGCCGCCGCCGGCCGCCGCACCCGCGGUCGCGCCGCGGCGCCGGAUCGCUCCUCUUCUCGUUCCUGUUCGUUGCUGUCUUCUUCGGGCUCGCUUACUUGGCCGGGGCCGGGGACUCGGAGGCGGCCAACGCGACGGAGCCGCUCAAGGGGGAGUCGGCUAAGGAGGGCAGCUUCGCCGACAUGAUCGACCGCGCGCUCCAGAAGGAGUUCCCCGAGAGCGAGCAGAAUGGCGGAGAAACCGACCCUGGUGGCUUCAACAACAGUGUUGCUGAGAAACAGGCAGUUCUUGAGACUGUAGCUAGAGUUACAACAAAGAAGAAUGAAACCAAAGAAGAGAAGUCAUUUCAGUUUCAUGAUGUUUUUAAUCUGGAUAAUGAGAAUCGAGCAGAGGACAUACCCACGUUAAUUGAUCGUAAGGAUAAUGUUUUCAUCAUAUCUAAUCCCAAGUCAAAAUAUCCAGUACUACAGUUAGACUUGAGGUUGAUUUCUGAUCUUGUGGUGGUCAUUGUCUCUGCAACAUGUGGUGGAAUUGCAUUUGCCUGUGCAGGACAGCCAGUAAUUACUGGUUACCUACUUGCUGGAUCCAUUAUCGGUCCUGGAGGUUUUCGCUUCAUUAGUGAAAUGGUGCAAGUUGAAACAGUAGCCCAGUUUGGUGUAAUUUUUCUACUUUUCGCCUUGGGUCUGGAGUUCUCUACAACUAAGCUUCGAGUUGUUCGGGCUGUGGCUAUUGUUGGAGGGUUUCUCCAAAUUGCUCUAUUCAUGUGUUUGUGUGGAGUAAUUGCUUCGUUAUGCGGAGGCAAAACUUCAGAAGGAAUAUUUGUUGGUGCCUUCUUGUCUAUGUCAUCUACUGCCGUGGUUUUGAAGUUUUUAAUGGAAAAAAACAGCAUCAAUGCCCUUCAUGGUCAAGUUACUGUUGGGACCCUCAUACUCCAGGAUUGUGCUGUUGGCUUGUUGUUUGCACUACUUCCAGUUUUGGGUGGCACAUCUGGUGUUCUUCAGGGCCUUAUAUCAGCUACGAAGUCGUUGAUUGUGCUAUGUACAUUUUUGGCAAUUCUUUCUAUACUGUCUCGUACUUGCGUCCCUUGGUUUCUUAGGCUGAUGAUCAGUCUUUCAUCUCAGACCAAUGAACUCUAUCAAUUGGCAUCUGUGGCAUUCUGUUUACUAGUUGCUUGGUGUAGUGACAAGUUGGGCCUCAGUCUUGAAUUGGGUUCAUUUGCUGCUGGAGUAAUGAUAUCAACCACAGAUCUUUCACAACAUACCCUUGAGCAAAUUGAACCUAUUCGUAACUUCUUUGCAGCUCUUUUCCUUGCUAGCAUUGGGAUGCUAAUUCAUGUCCAUUUUCUUUGGAAUCAUGUGGAUAUUUUGCUAGCAGCUGUAAUCCUGGUAAUAAUUGUUAAAACAAUAGUGAUCACGCUAGUCGUAAAAGGAUUUGGCUACAGUAAUAAGGCUUCACUUCUUGUUGGCAUGUCCCUAGCGCAGAUAGGAGAAUUUGCGUUUGUUCUUUUAAGUCGUGCUUCAAAUCUUCAUCUAGUUGAGGGCAAAUUGUAUCUCUUACUUCUGGGGACGACUGCACUUAGCUUGGUGACCACUCCAUUGCUAUUCAAGCUGAUCCCUGCAGUCAUACAUCUUGGUGUUCUGCUGCGAUGGUUCACCCCUGAUAGCAAUGAGUUAGGGUAUAAAGGUGAUAACAUCCGGUCAGAUAGUGCAAAUAAGCGAGUAACUCUAAUGAUUCAGGGCGCGCAUGAUUCAUGACGAGAAAUUCACUGAGAGUCUAGUGCAUGGAUGCAGCUACAGUAGUGAUUUGGUUGACUAGCUCGGUAGAUGAUUUAGGAGGAACAUGUAUUGAAGUGAUUGAUACAGGGAGAGCAUGAUAUUGCAAGGCGCAUAUAAGAUUUCAAAAGCACAAAUGAGAUCUACCCUGAUCUGCCAUUUGGACAAGCAUAUAUAUAUAUAUAUAUAUAUAUAUUUAUAUUUAUAUUAAAAAAAAAAUGGCGGGAGAGAAUGGGUUUCGGUAAGCUCUACCGGUUUUUGAAGUUAAGCACUUGUAUGGGAUGACAUUUGUCCUGUGGUAGUGCAGAUUUUUGUGUAAAGUACUUGGCUGAAAUGUAUCCUUAGUUCGUCGGUGUACUGGAAUUGUAACCUUCGGGAUUGCCAUUACAUUCAUUCAAUCAAAUUGUAGAGAAAGUUGAUUUGUGCAA